AACACAUCCACGACAUCGCAAUCGCCGCCACAACAGCUCUUAGCGGACACACUUCCACUGAGCGCCGCCACUGACACGCCUCAAGACAUUUCUGUGCGGACAUCUGAUCCGAAAUCCGCGCCGAAGAUGACUGUCGUUCUGUCAAAGAUGAAGCAAAUGUCUGAGACGUAUGGCGUACCCAACCAUUACCUCACGAGGAGUAUAUCAUAUGCCAUAUUCGCCGCUUACUUUGCGCGCAUCGGUUACCCGUACGCCAAGACUAUCAUCUCAAACGUGUCCACUCAGCUCAGGUCAGCGCAGGACAAGAUCUCGACCACGAGUCCCGAGAAACUGGUGACAAACACUCAGCCGCCAGAUGUGUUGGUGUCGGGUCUGCGCCGGUCGUCAUCGAUGCCGGAGUCGGCCGCCGGUCGCCAUAAGAAGAAGGACUCCUACAGUAAUUUUGGUCCAAAUCGGGACAACUUCUUCGGUCGCUUCGAAGAGUUUGCGAUACGAAUGCUGUAUAAGUUUCAGGCGAUUACUGGCAUUAAUGUGACAUUUAUUGUUCAACUCAUAAAACUGAUCCGAAUAAUGGUUCCCGGAUUACGUACUGUGGAAGUGUCGCUACUAAUCCUUCACACGAUGUCACUCGUGAGCCGAACCUUUCUGUCCAUAUAUGUGGCCAAUUUGGAGGGACAUGUCGUCAAAUACAUCGUACGCCGGGAUGUCGUCAACUUCGGAUGGAUGCUCUCCAAGUGGCUUCUGGUGGCACUUCCGGCCACUUUUGUCAACUCAUUGAUCCGUUUCCUCGAAAGCCAAUUAUCGCUGGCGUUUCGCACGCGACUCGUCCGCUACGCCUAUGAGUUGUACUUCAAGAAUGAGACCUAUUAUGCGGUUUCCAAUCUCGACGGCCGACUCGAGAACGCAGACCACAGUCUCACCGACGAUAUCACGUCCUUCGCUCAACACUGCGCGCACCUGUACUCACACGUGACCAAACCAUUGCUGGACAUCUGUGUCAUAUCGUUCACACUGUUCCGUAUGGCCCACUCGAUGGGCGCACAGGGAGUGCCCGGACCUCUCAUGGCGUCCGUAGUCGUACUCUUCACACACGGAGUGUUGCGCUGGUCUUCGCCUAAGUUCGGCAAAUUGGUGGCCGAAGAGGCGCGACGUAAAGGCUUUUUGCGAUUCAUUCACUCG